AUGAUCAGAGCACCAACACAGUUGAACAUUGACCAAUACAACCACAUCACACCCAUUGACACAGAUACACCACUAUGUCAUCACCGACAACACGCUUUCACCCAUACCUACUUCCACCACACACUCAAUCAUUCUUUCAUCCAUUCACACCCCACCAGCAACCACACACGACUAACAACUUAUUAUCUGAUGGUUAUACAUUCAUUCAUUCAUUCAUUCACACUUAUACAUUCAUUCACACACACAUAUAUAUAUAUACAAACAUACAUACACAUACUCACA